AUGCCUUAUAACACCCGCCGGAAGUCGCUCUCCCUCCCGUCGCUGGGUAUUCACUUGCCCUCUGCGUCGCGCUCCCACCGCACGCCCACUGCUCCGAAAAUUCCCUCCCCAUCGGACACACAGCAACCGCCGUCAAAGAAGGUCAAGCGGUCGCAUGACUCGCCGUCCCAGUCGCCCGCGUCCGUUUCGCCCGAGUCUCAAGAAUCAAAUUCACACAGGGCAGGGGAUCUUCUCCAUGGCCCCAGCCCAAACAGCCACAGGGGAGGUGCUGGUGGUACCUAUGAGCACACGCCACCGCCGUCCCCAGCCCCGGAUACGGGCCUCGCUACCAGAAUCGACACGGAUGGCAUCAAUGACGAUGUCGUAGUUGCGGUGAUUGAGCAACUGGAGAAGACCGGGAACAGGCCGCAUCUGAUCAAGGAACUGGCUACUGUCCUGUCAAACACGAAUGAGACCGUUGCCAACUCGGCGAAUGCUGCUGCCUUAUUGUCGUCGCGGUUGAGUCUCUACUUGAAACGCCCCUGGACGGCGCUUGCCCCGUGCCCAAUCGUCAAGAAGUUGAUCUCAGUUCAUCCGCGCAAAGUGUUCUUUUAUCUUGCGACAUCGCCGCCCCAGGAGCUUCCGGAUACGGCUGAUGGUAUGCUGACUCCGACGACGGAAUCGAAAAGAAUUACCGCGAGCAUAUCGGACCCAAGCAUCGACCCUGACGAUGCGGACGAAGAUCUAGCCCGUGAGCGCGCUCGACUAAGCCCAAGUCCCGAGGUUGACUUGUCAGCACCGGAGUUUGACGAUGAGGAUGAACAUUCAGCGCCUGGCGGGCCCCACGCGUCGGCCCGGAAUUAUGGCGUCCGGGGUAAUCUGUCCAAUCUUCAUCACCACCAUCGUCUGUCAUACAACCACCGGUCGACAUCUCCACCGCUGGAAGGGGAUGAGAAGGAGUUUACCCAGACAGCCAGCUCUGUCCGCGAGCGAACUUCUUCGGAGGAGGUAGCCGCGAGAAGACGACAGGAUCUGGAGAAGGAUGACAGACCUCAGCACCAUGCAGCGGAUGGACAAAAGGCGUCGGGGCCCAGUGGCGAUGUUGAGAUGGAAGAGGCUUCCACGUCGCAUAAUGGAUCCAAUCAUCAAGAGACUGAUUAUGCCGACUUCUUUACUUCCCACAUGCUCCAGAAUCCUAGCCAGGACCAACACCUGGAUGACGCCUCUGCAGCUACCACACUGUUUGGCGCAUCUCCGUCCCCGUCCGUUUCCUCAGAACUAUCCACGCUAUCGUCGGCUUCCAGUGCCACCUCACAUUCCGAGACUGAGGCUGAUCUACCCAUGGACACCAGCAAAGCUGUGGCGACUGGAGGUAUUUCUUCUGGGGCGCUCAAUGGGGGGAACGAUGUCACAGCAACUAUUGGGCGUGGAAUCUCCUCCACUGGUAUAUCCGGAGCUGCAACCGGGCUUGUCAAGGGCGUCAAAAGACCUAUUACCGUAGUUGAUGUGGCGGAAACGAACUCUGCCAUGGAGGCGGACACAAGAAGAAUGGAUGAUGGUGAUAUCAGCAAAUCGUUCGACACAGUGGAUCCUACGGCUGCCAAUACCAUUCUCGACAAAUCGGCCUUGACGUUCGGCCACACCCUCGAACUGAUCAAGCCGACCAUGGAUCUGGAUACCGAGAUGGGAGCCGGAGCCGGAGCCGCAGCCGCAGCCGGAGUGGCCCUGGGCCUGGGGCUGGAGUUGGAGUCGUGGACCGACCUGCCCAGCCCGGAAACCGUCGAAGUCGACGAACUCGAUGCAAUGUUUGCGAACGUCUGA